AUGGCUGCUGUACCGCGCCGAGGCAAACCGAAGAUAAAACCAGCUAAGCGGCACGGUCCCGACUUCUCAGUAGAGGAGACAUGGGCCAAAUUGUCCAAGAAUAUAGUCGAAAUACAAAAUCACAAUGCGCACAAUCUCUCCUAUGAGGAGAACCAUCGCUAUGGAUACAACAUGGUCCUUUACAAGCACGGGGAGAUGCUGUACAACGGCACCAACGAGCUCGUUGCGCGACAUUUGGACAAGCUCGCAAGUGAGAUCAUUGUACCUGCAUUCCCCACGGGCAGCGAAGACGAUCCUGUGCAGAAGGCUCAAGCGGGGGAAACGCUAUUGAAGGCUGUGAGGAAAGUCUGGGAUGACCACACGUCCAGUCUGUCUAAGCUGCGCGAUGUCUUGAAGUACAUGGAUCGUGUGUAUUCCAAGAACAACCAGGUGCCGGAGAUCUGGGAAUCUGGCUUGUACCUCUUCAUCCGGCACAUCCUUCAAUCACCAAUACAAGAGCAUUUGAUCUCCGCUAUCCUCACAGAGAUCCAUGUCGAGCGCGAUGGGUAUGUUAUCAAUCGUUCCGCCGUGAAAGGCUGUGUGGACGUGCUUCUACAGCUGUACGAGGAGGGCGAGAACAUAUCCGUGUACAAGCGAGACCUAGAGCCUACCGUACUCAGAGAGAGCGAGCUAUUCUACACCAAGGAGGCGGAGCAUCUUCUAGAGACAUGCGAUGCGUCAGAAUAUCUGCGACGUGUCGAAAUGCGUUUCGAGCAAGAGGAGUCGCGUGCACAUCACUUCCUAUCGUCGAAGACGGCUCCUCGCCUACGACACAUAUUGGAAGAGAAUCUACUAUCCCCUCAUCUGUCCAUCGUAAUCGCUAUGCCCAACUCUGGUCUAGAUGCAAUGAUCGACCUCGAUAAUUUGGAUGAUCUCGCCCGGUUAUACCGACUGUUUGCGAUGGUGCCGGCUGGUGUCCCAACGCUGAAGAAGGCUCUACGAGAGUCCAUCAUUCGAAGAGGGAGGGAGAUCAACUCCGGUAGCCUGAGCUCAGAUGGGGUGGAUGAGGCCAUACUAGACGAGGAAGUAGAGAAAAGCGCGAAGGCCAAGGCCAAGGGAAAAGCGCGUGCGGCCCCCGCAAACUCGCAAACACUCUCGCUGGCGUUGAAAUGGGUGCAGGAUGUCCUAGAUCUCAAGGAUAAAUUUGACCAAAUCUGGACCUGCGCCUUGCAAAGUGACAGAGAGAUCGGAGCCAGUACCAAUGAGGCUUUCGAGACGUUCAUCAAUCAACAUGAGAAGGCCCCAGAAUUCAUUUCCUUGUUUAUUGAUGACAACUUAAAGAAGGGUCUCAGAGGGAAAUCAGACAUAGAGGUCGAUCAGACUCUGGAAAAAACGAUUAUGGUCUUCAGAUUCCUCACAGACAAGGAUAUAUUCGAACGCUACUAUAAGGGCCACCUCGCGAAGCGCCUUUUGUUAGGGCGGUCGGUAUCCGAUGAUGCAGAACGCGGCAUGCUAGCGAAAUUGAAGGUCGAAUGUGGCUAUCAAUUCACGCAGAAGCUCGAGGGUAUGUUCCACGAUAUGAAAAUAUCGUCAGACACGAUGCAGGCGUACCAGAAGCAUUUGGAGAACACUACGGCACCGGAAGUCGAGAUCUCAGUGAUCGUUAUGACAUCCACGUUCUGGCCAAUGUCAUAUUCGGCUGCAUCCUGCAAGUUUCCUGACCUUCUCAUCAAAGCCUCAAAAUCCUUCGAGCAGUUCUACCUGUCAAGGCACUCAGGACGACGGCUGACUUGGCAACCUUCGUUGGGCAAUGCCGACGUUCGAGUGACAUUCAACUCACGCAAGCACGAUCUGAAUGUCUCGACAUUCGCCUUGGUUAUCCUGCUGCUGUUCCAAGAUCUCAAGCUCGACGAUUUCCUGACAUACCAGGAAAUUAAAGACGCCACCACCAUACCGGACAUCGAGCUUCAGCGCCAUCUACAGUCACUCGCCUGUGCGAAGUACAAGAUCUUGAAAAAGCAUCCACCAGGCCGUGACAUCAAUCCACAAGAUUCGUUCUCGUUCAAUGCAGACUUCUCAGCGCCCUUGCAAAAGAUCAAGAUCAGCACCGUCGCAUCACGCGUUGAGAACACGGACGAGCGCAAGGAGACAAAGGACCGUAUCGACGAGGAACGGCGGCAUCAGACGGAGGCGUGCAUUGUGCGAAUUAUGAAGGACCGCAAGCAUAUGACGCAUCAGGAUCUUGUCAACGAGGUUACGCGCCAACUGUCAAGCCGUUUCCUGCCAGAUCCGCUCAAUAUCAAGAAGCGAAUAGAAGGUCUCAUAGAGACCUCGCUGUCUCUUGCACAACUCACGUAA